AUGCCAAUUGGAAUGUCCCAUACGCUCUGUUUAGCGCUGGAAGUUGUGACGGGUAGACAUGCGGAGGAUGAAUUGAGAGAAUUGCCACUAUUCAAAGAAUGGAGAGAGGAGACCGGUAACAAGAACAAACGGCCGUGGAAUGAGGUCCAAAAGAGAAGGAAAAGCGAAAGAAGCGUUGUCAAAAAGAGGGUGUCUCUACCGCUGGCCGCGUAUAGUGCGUACCGGGAAUCUGCGUUUGUUUGUCAUUCCGAGACCGGAGAGCUUAUAGUGAACGAAUCCGAAAUCAGACGUGAACUUCGCAUGCAGAACUUAUAUCGAUACCGAACAUUGGGCAAAGACACCAUUCGACCCCUGGGCGUUUACAAAACGGCUAAAGAGCUCGAAGAAAUGAUGGAAGGAGCAGCUGUGGAAAAUGCACCACAAGACGAAACGAAUUCGGAGCGAAACUUGGCGGAGGAUGAGCUACAGCAAGAAAUGUUGCCUCCACAUCAAAACGAGAUCUCAAACAUCGUCAUCGACAGCCUUCCCGUGCAUGUUGACGUCGAUUUGGACCAAGACAUUCCUGAUGCCGACAGUGGGAUAGAUUCUUACGACUAUGACGAGGAUCACGAAGAUAUAGAAGUGGAUGAGCAGCACAUUUCGGCAAGCGACGCACUUCGGGCGAGAAGCGGACUUUCUGUUGGGCAGCUGAACGAAAUUCCGCGUCUCGAGGGGUUAAGUGAUAUAUUGUCCAUUGAAACAAUAGCGCAACCCGCUUACAACCAGGAAAAUCUCGGUAGCGAACAAAAUGAAAUAGAUGACGAAAACGAAGAGGAUUUUGAACCUGGUUUCGGCCAUUCCCCCGCUGAGCCUUCCUCUUUGAGCGAUAACGAGUAUCGAAGGUCCAAAUGA